AUGACUGUGAUGGGGAUUGUGGAUCUGGGUGGGGCCAAAAGAAAACUCUAUGGUGAUGAUGCUUCCGAUACGGUGAAGGAGACCAGCCUCGAGGGGUUUCCAAGGCUAAGAGGCCAAUUUUGGUUGGAUCUAUUUGAUACCUAUAGUACGCUUUCUGGCUCUGUGCAAAGGACUAUGAUGCUUUCUCUAGAUCACAAAAGACCUUCUUUGAUAGUUCCUUGCGUAGUGAUGGGAUGGGCUUCAAGGGCUUUGUGGUUGGUGUUUGGUUGGAUAUGUUUUAUCUCCACAGUAUGUUUUGAUCCUGUACAAAGGACUGUGAUGCUUUCUCUAGAUCAUAGGAGGCCUUCUUUGACAGUAUCAGCCGAGUGUUGGGCUUUGUUUUCAGAGUUUGUGGGUGGGUUAUAUGUUCUGUCUAUUUCACAUAAGCUGUUUGAUUUAUCUGUUUAG